AUUAUCUCAUAUAGACGGAUCAACCCUUUCCCCCUUUAAUACCUCCCCUAACACCAACUCACAAACCCUAAAAUCUGAAACCUCCUGGCAUCAUGCGUCCACCCAAAAAUGUCCAAAUCUGCAGACAUGUCUGCCGAUGCUAUGAUCAUAACUCGUAGUUGGAGUAGUAAGGAAUCUAGAGCUUUCAGGGGAAGACGCCGAGGCAGAGAUUCUCGCUCCCCGUCCCCCAAACGCGCUCUGACCUCGCAGGUGACCUAUGCAUGGGACGUUUUUUGGGAUGGUUCAAGAGAAAUAAAUGUUGGCUAUUGGAGGGGUGAAAGCUGAUUCUGGGACCAAGCUAUACCUUUCCAACUUGGAUUAUGGUGUCUCUGUUGAGGAUAUAGAGUUUCCAUUCUCAAGGAACGGAGAGCUGCAGCAAUACUCCAUCCAUUAUGAUUGGAAAGGAAGAUCAAAGGGAACAGGGGAAGUUGUUUUUGCACGUCAGUCGGAUGCUUUGGCGGCCAUUGAUAGAUAUGACAAUAGACGGCUUCAUCGAAAACGAAUGAAAAUUGAGUUGGUCGUAGGAGUCCGCAAUUGCUCUCCUGCAGCUAUGCCUCUAGUUACCAAAGACUUGGUGGAAAAUCCUUUUAGAUGCAAGAUUCCAAAGGACGUGGUUGUCCUUAAAAAACUGAGGAAGGGCAAGCAUGAGUCCCUCAGGAAUUAUGUCAGACGAUAUUGGGCGAUGUACGAUGAGGUUGAAAAGAACACUUGCUCCGAACAGCUCACUGUAGCUUUCUUUAAGCAAAGCCUGCCGCAUGGCGACCGUUUGUGGACUACCCUCGUCAUGAGCCCUGUGUCAUCAAUCGCAGAAUUGUAUAGCAGAGUGUCGAGGUAUGUGAUGCUUGAGGACGUUCUAGGAUGCAAAGGGUAUGCGAAGCGUGAGUACACUCUAUGAAGGACAGGGCCGAAGUUCGGCUAGGUUCACCAUGCCCGCAAGGCUGUUAGUUGCACCCAUAAUGCUGCUGAAACAUUUUUUGACAAGUGUAAUGCUUACUGAAACAUGAGUUUUUGGAUACAGGUAUGUAGUAUUUGACUUUUCAAAAAAAAAAAAAAUUAGAUCCAGGUAUAUGUAUAUAUCAUAU